AUGACAUCUGACGUUGAAGAUCUUUUGAGAUUUUACGCUAAUUUACCGUCAAUAUUUGAAAUCGAUCCACCAACUACUAUUAAAUCAUCAUCCGAUACUAUAAAUACAAUUAUUAAUAAUGAAAAAACUUAUCAACCAAUAUUUGGUUCAUUCUUAUUUGUUAAUUCUGAACCAUUUACUAGGGCAGCAUUUAUCGAUUCUAUAUCACCAUCGAUUGAUAUAAAACAAACAACACAAGAAUCAAAAAUAGAUGAACAUGAUUCUAAUUUAAAAGAAGAAAAUAUUUCUAAUAGUACUAAUAUUCAAUCGACGUCACAUCCAUCAUUAGCACCUAUCGAAGACUUUAGUGAUAUCGAUGAUGAAGAUGAUAACUUUGAUGGUAUUUCUAUUCAACAUAAUUCGACUUUAAUAAAGAAAAAAUUUCAUAAUGAUAAUAAUUUAACAUCUAAUUAUUCUAAAAAUAAUAAUUUACUUGAUGGAUUUGUUCAUCAUGUUAAAAAUAAUCAUAAUCAAAAUGAUGAUAAUAAUAGUGAUUCAUUUUUAAAUGGUUUUACACACGAAGAACACCACCAACAACAAAAUUCAAUAAAAAUACCGUUUCUAUUUAAAGAUAUUCCUGAUAUUGAUGAUUUAAACGAACAUGAAGAAGAAGAUGAUGAUGAUAGAUUACUAUUUGAUCAUAUGGAUAUGUUCGAUCAAUCAGAUUCAAUAUGUUCAUCAUCACCUGAUUCUCUCUUAUCAUCAUCACAUCUGCAUGACGAUGAUGAUGACCAGGAUGACGAAGAGAUAAAUAAGGAUGACGAUGAUGUGACACUAUGGAAUGAUGAUUUUAUUCUUGGAAAAACAAGUUCACAAAAUGAUCGACCCAAUGCACCAUUACCACCUUCCAUUGCUUUAAAUUUAGAUCAACAUGAUCAAGUAGAUUUUAUUGAUUCAUCACCCAGUAAUUCAAUAUGUUCAAAUGGUUCAUCUCAUUUAAGUAUUGGUUAUAAUGAUCAAGCUCGAAUUUUUAUUAAUGAUGAUGAUUUUGUAACAUCAUCUGAUGAUGAUAAGGAUGAUGAGGAUAAAUUUCAUUUUGAAAAUAAUAUAUUCAAUUGUGAUAAUAAUGAUGAAUUAUCUCUACAAAUUAAUCUUGAUUAUCAUCGUUCAAGAUCAUCUUCAAGUCAACAAAGUCCUAGUACACAUUCAUCAUCACCUAUUCCAGAUCAAUCAUCUAUAGUUGACAUUGGUGAUGAUAUACAUGUAAUAAAACCUAUUCAAUCAGUUCCUAUUGCUAUAGCCGAUGAUGGUGAUGAUGAUGAUUUAGAAACGUUUACUUCUGAUCAACCAGUAUUAUCUAGAGUAUCAUUAGAAAACCUACUUCGGUUAAAAAAUGAUAUGAGACAAAAUGAAAUCGUUCAUGAUAUUAUUAAUAUGAGACAUAUGUUUAAUGAACAUGAUAAUGAUGAUGAGUUCAUUGCUGUUAUGCAUAAUCCAAGUAUAUUUGAACAAGUAUUAUAUGAUAAUGAUCAUCAACAGCAAUUGGAUUUAGUCAAGCAAACAAAUAUUGUUCCUAGUGUAUUUCAUACAUCACCACAGGCAUUCAACGAUAAUAAAAUUGAAAGCAAAUCAAUUGAGCAUUACGAAAAUAUACAACAACAAUCAUCCCCAUCAUCAUCAUUAUUAUCAAUAUCGAACAGUGAAAAGAACAGUCGUUCUAACAUAAAAACAACAAAGAAUGUUUCUGUUACUACUGUCAAUCACCUUCUCAGAGAAAAAGAAGAGAAAGAAAAUGUUGAUACUAUUAAUAGUACUAACCUAAUAGAAAAUAUAGAAGAGAAAGUACAAGAAAAUUCCUGUUCAAAUAUCAACAUAAAAGAUAUUAUGAACAAUAAACACGAACAACAAAAUCAUUAUCAAAUGAUGAGUUCAGAUGAUGAAUUUGAUAAUGAUUUAGAUUUAUUAAAUACUCUUGCUCAAAUUCAUGGUUUAGUUUAUAUACCUCGAUUAUCUUCUGAAGCAAAUCAAAAGACAAAUGAAAAAAUUCAACAAUAUGAACAAGAAAACAGUAAUAUUAUUCAUAACUUAAUAUCGAAUAAUAAUGAUAAUGAACGUCAUAAGAAAAACAAUGAAAGAAAAGAUGAAACAAUUCCAUCAAUAUGUUUUUCUUUAACAUCAUUAACAUCUUCUGGUUUAUUGAAUAAUGAUGAAUCGCAUUGUAGUGAUAUUAUUUUCGACUCUGAUGCAACAUCUUCGUUAAUAACGUUAACAAAUGAAUCAAACAGUUCAAUAACAUCAUCGAAUCAUUUAAUAAUCGAUAACUUACAACAAACAACAACAAAAAAUAAUACCGAUUCUAAUUCUGAUGAUUUACAAAAUCAAUUUAUGUCUUAUGAAUCUUUACUUAAUGACGACACCGAUAACAAUGAUCUCAUUGAUUAUCUAUAUUGGAUUAUAAGUCAUUUAAAUGAUGAUUUAAAAUCUUCAUCUACAUUUCAUUCAAUAGAAAAUCUUGAAAAUAUUAUUCAAGACAAUCAUAGAGUAACAAACAUUAUUCAAAAUGGUAUAUUGUCUAAUAAUGAAUUUCAACAAUCUGAUAUUAUUAUUCAAAGCGAAAAACAGCAAGAAAAUCAUGUAGUAUCUUCUAUCAAUACUGAUCUUAGACAAAUAGUUGAAAAAUUGACUUCAAAUAUUCUUCAAUUAGAAUUAGAUGACAUCCAUGAAUCUAAAAGAGUUGAAAAUUUUGUUGAUCAAAUCUUAUCACAAGCAAUUUAUGAAGUUAAUAAUGAAGAUAACAAUUUGACAGUUGAUAAUCGUGGUUUAGUUGUUGAUUGGUAUAACCAAACAAAUGAUCAAUCACCCGAUCCAUUUGAUCAAACAUUUGACAGUAUAUGGAUUAAACAAUUUGAAGUACCUGAUGAUAUUAUAAACCAAAAUAAUAUUGAUAUAAUAUCAUUUUAUUCGAAUACAUUUGAUGAAUCAAACUUAUUUUCUCCAAUAUCAAAUGAAGAAAACCAUUUAAAAGAGUCUCUGUCGUCAUCAUUACUAAUAAAUCCUUUUGAUUCAAUUAUUACAACUAAUAAUCUGACAAAAUAUUCAUUGAUAGAAUCGUCAACUGAGAAUCAACAUGUUAUUGACGCACCAACAACAACAGAAAGCAAUGACAAUGAUAGUUUAAGUACCGGCAGUGACGAUGACAAUAAUGAUGAUGAUCAAUCGAAAAAAGAAGCCAAUAUGUUUGCCAACACAUCACAGUUUGAAGCGUAUGCUAGUGAUCAACCACUUAAUACCCUAGGUGUUAAAUCAAUAACAGGUGAAGUUGAUAAUGAAUUUCAUGAAGCAUCAUCAGAAGCAUUUCAACAACAAUCUGACAUAAUGAAAUCUACUGCUGGUGAUGAUGAACCAUGGGAACUUGAAGAUAAUGGCGAAGAAAAAAUAAAACCAAUGCCAGCAACUAUAUCACAAAGAUACAAUUCAUAUGAUAAUGUUCCUUUGGAUUCUCCAACAUUAAGAGUAGCACCAGCAUUGCCACCAACAAUAAAAGAAUCUGAAGAUGAAGAAAAUACUGGCGAAAGUGAUGGAGAAGAUUAUGAUAAAUAUUUUAGUAAACAUAAAUCAACUGAAGAAACUAGUGCAGCACCAUUAUCAAAAACAGUACGAUUUGAUGAAAAUAUAGAAAAGGUUGCUGUUUUAACACCAAAAGAUAGUCUUAAUGAAUCUUUGGCAUCAACUACAACUAGUGAUACAGAUGAGAUUGAAGAUGAAGAUGAUAUGACACCAAAUUUUCAAACAAUUAGUGAUCGAAUUACUGAUUUUAUGCAUGUGAAAGACACAAAGGAGAAAGAAAAUAAUGAUGAUAAAAAAAUUGAUAAUGAAACAAAUGAAGCUACAACACAUAAUAUUACUCAUCAACAAGAAAAUCAUAUAUCAUCCACAGAAAGUGAAGAUUUGCCACCACCAUUACCACCGCUACCACCAUUAAAUAAAAAAUCAACCUCUUCAACUGAUAGCAUUCCAUCAAAAAUAGCGGCAUCAUCAUCAUCAUCACCAAAACCUAAUAUAGAUUUAAAACGUACAAUAAAUUUACGUUCUGAACCAGAAAUUACCCCAACUAUUCAAACAACAACUGAUGCAAAAUUAUUAUUAAAUGAUACAGAUCGACCACUAGCUCGAUCAUUUGAUUCAGGUAUAGUAAUAAAUAUGAUUUGUAUUUAUAAUAUAGUUGAGAACAUAAGUUUAGAUGAGCUGUAUUUUUAA